GUGCGUCCGUUCAGGUUUUUCCGACUUAAAUACGUCACGGCGCCCGGCCCAAGCCAGUGAGAGGAACGCCGUAAACAUGAACGCCUCUUUGUCUGCUCUCGUGGCGCUCCUGCUAGUGGCCGGCGCGGCCGCGGACCCCGUGGAGGGAGAGCCCUGCCCCGGCGUGUGCCCCUUCAUCUUCGCGCCCGUGUGCGGCGCCAAGUGGUUCGACCGAUUCCAGACCUUCCCCAACGACUGCGUCCGGCGCUCCCGCAACUGCCGCACCCGCGAGACUUUCGAGUUCGUCUGCAACGGGACGUGCCUGUUCGAGCACGGCAAGGCCGAGCAGAAGCAGUGCGCCCCACUCCGGCCCGGCGACCUCUGCGUGCCGUUCAAGGGGUGAUGCGCCACCAAGACAGUUUUAAACGACGAGAAACUGGCAGAAUAAAAAUCAUUUUCUAACA